AUGAACCGGCCAGGAGUGAGUCAAUGGCUGCAAGGCGACCGCGCGUCGAAAUGGAGCUGCCAGUCGCUGGUCGGCGAAGUGGAAAAGGGAGUUAAGCUUCCCGCGCUUCCUGUUCGUAUCUGGGUGCUCUUUUCUGCGUCGCUGGUGGUUUACAAGACGUUCUUACACUCGACAUAUGAGUCGACAACCCUCGAAAAGUUCUUGGUGUUUCACUCAGGCGCUAGCAAAAUUGGGUUCGGUCCGCCAGUCCCCGGGAUAGCCAAAGUCUAUUCGCGAAAUCUGGGCGAUCACGAAAUCUUCUCGAAGCCAGCGAGCGCAUCAAGAGACCACACCCCACUCGCCAUGGCCUCCUUCAACCCCACGAAGAUCGGGAAUAAACAAAAGCGCCAGGAGCAACAUCUGAAGGCCAAAAAGCUAAAAGAAAGCACGAAGCGGGACGAAAGGCUGAAACGGCGACGAACAGAAGACAAGAAUCCAACAUUACGACUGGAGAGACGAGCGAAGAAUGUGCCGGCGACGAUUGAUAGCAAGCGGACGUGGGAUCAGGCGACGGUGGACGACGAGGCGGAGGGGAAGCUUGGAGUGAGCGUGGAUAUACUGAAUCCGAAGCGGAGGAAGAUAGAGGAGAGGCCAGCUGUGGAGGAUGAGAAGGUGGUGAGGGACGAGAUAGAAGAGCAGGAUGAGGUGGACGAAGAAGGCGCCGAGGACGACUUGGAUAGCAUGCUCGACAGCGAAUCCGACCAAGACGGAGCAGAAGACGAGGGACCGAAAGCAUCAGCAUCCCCUCCACCCUCAGAACGACCACCCAGCGAAGCCCCCUCCACAGCCACCGACAUCAACCUCACCCCAGAAGCCCUCAUGCAGCGCUUCCCGACCCUCUUCAACCUACCUGCCGACGUCGAACCCAAAGUCCUCAUCACCACCUCCAUCCACUCGACCCUGCACAACGAAGCGCAACUCCUCACCACCCUGUUCCCCAACAGCACCUACAUCCGGCGGACCGCGCACCACCACAGCUACAAAUACUCCAUCCGCGAGAUUGCCACCUACGCUUCUUCGCGGGACUUCACCACUCUAAUCAUCCUGAUGGAAGAGCGUAAGAAACCCAUCGGACUGGAUAUAGUCCACCUGCCUGUGGGACCGAUGUUCCACUUCUCCAUCUCCAACUGGGUGGAAGGGAAGAAGAUACCCGGGCACGGAAACCCGACGAACCACUUCCCCGAACUCAUACUCAACGGCUUCAAAACGCCUCUCGGCGUGCUCUCCGCACACCUCUUCAGAUCCCUCUUCCCACCCCGUCCGGAGAUCCAAGGCAGGCAAGUCGUCACCCUGCACAAUCAACGGGAUUACAUCUUCGUGCGCCGGCACCGGUACGUCUUCCGCGACAAGCGCGGGACGGAGAAGAGUAUCCAAGGCGCGGAUGGGAAGCCGGUGGAGGGCGUGGAGGACAUACGGGCGGGUUUGCAGGAGCUGGGGCCGCGAUUUACGCUGAAGUUGAGGCGGGUGGAUAAGGGGAUUCAGAGGGCGAGUGGGCAGGAAUGGAAGUGGAGGGCGGGGGAUGAGAAGGUCAGGACGAGGUUUAGUCUGUGA